CAACCCAGCCCUGCUCGGUCCCAGCCGCCGAAGCCCGUCCCUCCCCGCCCCCCUUCCGCGGAGCCCAACGUUACCAUGUUUCCUGCCGUCUUCCUAGCUUUCUCCGACCUCAGAUGCUCCCUGCUGCUCCUGGUAACUUGGGUUUUUACUCCUGUAACAGCUGAAAUAACAAGUCUCAAUACAGAAAAUAUAGAUGAUAUCUUAAACAAUGCUGAUGUUGCUUUAGUAAAUUUUUACGCUGACUGGUGUCGUUUCAGCCAGAUGUUACAUCCAAUUUUUGAGGAAGCUUCCAACGUCAUUAAGGAAGAAUACCCAAGUGCAAAUCAAGUAGUCUUUGCAAGAGUUGAUUGUGAUCAGCACUCUGACAUAGCCCAGAGAUAUAGGAUAAGCAAAUACCCAACUCUCAAAUUGUUUCGAAAUGGAAUGAUGAUGAAGAGAGAGUACAGGGGUCAGCGAUCAGUGAAAGCACUUGCAGAUUACAUCAGGCAACAGAAAAGUGACCCCGUUCAAGAACUUCACGAUUUAGCAGAAAUCAACACCAUUGAUCGCAGCAAAAGAAAUAUCAUUGGAUAUUUUGAACAGAAGGAUUCUGAAAACUAUAGAGUUUUUGAGAGAGUAGCAAAUAUUUUGCACGAUGACUGUGCCUUCUAUUCUGCGUUUGGAGCUGUUUCAAAACCAGAACGAUUUAGUGGAGACAGCAUAAUUUACAAACCACCUGGGCAGUCUGUUCCAGAUAUGGUGUACUUGGGAUCUAUGACGAAUUUUGAUGGUACUUACAAUUGGAUCCAAGACAAGUGUGUUCCUCUUGUUCGAGAAAUAACAUUUGAAAAUGGAGAGGAGCUGACAGAAGAAGGACUACCUUUUCUCAUACUCUUCCACAUGAAAGAAGACACAGAAAGUUUAGAAAUAUUCCAGAAUGAAGUAGCCCGGCAAUUAAUAAGUGAAAAAGGUUCAAUAAACUUUUUACAUGCUGAUUGUGAUAAAUUUAGACACCCUCUUCUGCACAUACAGAAAACUCCAGCAGAUUGCCCUGUGAUAGCUAUUGACAGCUUUAGACACAUGUAUGUGUUUGGAGACUUCAGGGAUGUAUUAGUUCCUGGGAAGCUCAAGCAGUUUGUGUUCGACUUACAUUCCGGAAAGCUGCACAGAGAAUUCCAUCAUGGCCCUGACCCGACUGACACAGCCCCAGGACAGCAGCCCCAAGAUGUAGCAAGCAGUCCACCUGAGAGCUCCUUCCAGAAGUUAGCACCCAGCGAAUAUAGAUAUACCUUACUGAGGGAUCGAGACGAGCUUUAAAAACUUGAAAGAAACAAUUCGCAAGCCUUUGAAACAGCAGCAUCAACUUGGCGUGGUGGAAAUAGUAAACCUAUAUUUUCAUAAUUCUAUGUGUAUUUUUAUUUUGAAUAAACUGAAAGAAGUUUUGGGUUUUUAAUUUUUUUUUCUCCCCCUGGCUCAAAAUGAAUUGUCAUUUAAUAUAGCCUCUUUAAAAAAAAACAAAAAACAAAAAUAGACUAAGGUUAAAAGAAAACCAGAGGCCUAGCUUUGCUUUAAAUCUAUCCUGUAACAUUUUUAUAAAUCAAGUGAAAGGUAACAUGGUCAGAAGCGAACCAUCAACCUGCACUACAAGGCGAGGAAGACGACCCAGGGAUGUUUCCUAUGUGGUGUGCCCGCUUUUCCUUUCUUCUCUCUACAGUUGAUCAGUUUCUGUUGGUAUUUUCAUCAUCACAUUUCUCAAAGUGAAGGGGUAUCUAUUCUGGAUACUUGGGAGGGGAAUAAAUUAAAACUUUCACACUG